GGCGGUAAGGGUUUUGAAGCCGUCAAAGAUGGAGCUGCUUAGCUUCGUUUGAAUCGAGAUUUCAGCGCUUUUUAUUCCGAAUUCACUCCGAAUUAUUACUGUUUCUGAGUGAAAGGCGGUGGGAGAGAUAUGCAGUGAUGAAGCGGGGCCGGACUGAGCAGAUCCAGUACACGGUGACGCAGUACCUGAAGAGGCGUCAAUAUGUGGACACGGACGGCUCACUGAAAGGAGCAAAGCUCUCUCAGUCCGCUGAGGAAAUGGCAGCCAGUCUCACAGUCCAGACAGAGUCCAGCUGUGCGAAUGUGGUCUCUGCAGCACCGUGCCAGUCGGACCCUCAGCAGUACGAUGCUCAGUUCUCUAAAUUACGGACCUUUCUGCUCGAGGCGGAGGUGCCGUGGGCGAGCGAGGUGAGCGUAGUGCUGUUUCCUCUCUUCCUCUACCUGCACCUGGACAUGGCGCGCUGUGGCCUGAAGGGGGCAGUAGAUUCCUUCUACAGCCGUUUCCACUCCCUCUUCCAGCAGGAUGUAGAGCAGAAAGCCAUUGUUGAGCUUCUGCGUGGAGUUCUAACAAAUCAGGACGUGGUCUCCAAUUCUAAACUCUGCGCUCUGCUGGACCACAAGUACGUGGUUCACCUGACGGACCAGGCCUACAGUUACCUGCUGCGGUAUCUACAGAGUGAUGACAACAGCGCCAUCUGCAGGGUGCUCAGCACUCACCUACAGGUCGAGGUGACGGCUGUGCGCCGAACCGACUACCAGCUCUACGGGGCGGGGCUUAACACCGGAAACUCCACCUCCACUUCCUCCAGCACCUGGUCAGGUGUGGAUGGAGCAGAGGGGGCGGAGCCUGUGGAGGUCACGGCGGGGCUCCCUCAGAACGAGGCCGCUCUGGACGCUCUUCAGGACUGCAUUAAGCGAGUGAGGGAAGGCCCCCCGUCGUUAACCACCGUGUGUUUCUACGCCUUCCAGCACACGGAGCAGCUCCUGAACACGGCCGAGGUCUCGCCAGACAGUCGGCUGCUCGCCGCCGGCUUCGACAACUCCGCCGUUAAACUGUGGAGCCUGCGGGCCAGGAAGCUGAAAGCAGGACCACACAAAGCCGACGUGGCCAAAAUCCGCCUGGCCUGUGACGUGCUGGAGGAGGAGGCGGACGAGGAGGACGCCUCAGGUAGUGAGAUAAAGACCCUUCGUGGACAUUGUGGCCCCGUGUACCGCACCGCCUUCCUGACGGACAGCUCCGGCCUGCUGUCCUGCUCCGAGGACUCCACGGUGCGGUACUGGGACCUGAACAGCUUCACGAAUGUGGCGCUUUACCGCGGCCACGCCUACCCCGUGUGGGACGUGGACGUGAGCCCCUGCAGCCUGUACUUCUGCACGGCGUCGCAGGACCGCACGGCCCGGCUCUGGACCUUCCAGCGCACGUACCCACUGCGCCUUUACGCCGGGCACCUGGCGGACGUGGACUGCGUGAAAUUCCACCCCAACUCUAACUACAUCGCCACGGGGUCCACGGACAAGACGGUGAGGCUGUGGAGCACUCAGCAGGGCAACUCCGUCAGGUUAUUCACCGGACACCGAGGCCCGGUUCUGUCCCUAGCGUUUUCUCCAAACGGGAAGUACCUGGCCUCGGCCGGAGAGGACCAGAGGGUGAAACUGUGGGAUCUGGCAUCCGGGACUCUGUUUAAAGACCUGCGGGGACACACAGACAGCGUGAUGAGUCUGUCCUUCAGUCCGGACAGCGCCCUGGUGGCCUCGGCUGCCCUGGACAACUCUGUGCGGGUGUGGGACAUCCGGAACGCUCACAGCGGGGCGGCGGCUGCGGCGGACGGGUCUAGCGGAGAACUGGUGGGAUUAUAUACGGGAGAAACUAGCAGCGUACUUAACGUCCAGUUUAUGGCGUGUAACCUGCUGCUGGUAACUGGUACAGCACUGGAGAAACAAGAGCAAUGACCAAUAACAGUGUUUGUGUUUGUUUGUGAGUUACAUAUUAAGUUAAACUGACUUUAUAACUGCUGGAUUUUUCUUAUUAUUACCCUCAUCAUUUUUUUUAUCCAUCUGGCUGGUUUAAGUGCCAAAUCUAUAUGCCUUCUUAUUGGGCAUAUAGAUAAUGCACUGUUUAUAGCAUUGGCUGACAUGAGAUCUCUUAAGUGCAUCAUUCUAUAGUGGCCUUUUCAUUGGGCUUUAUAAUUUCAGUAAAACUAGAGAAAGCAGACAGAUUUAUGGAAUUGAGACACAAACAUUUUUAUAUGUAAAUACAAAAAAAAUAAAGAAAAAAAAAAACAUCUAAGCUGCAGUGGGGGGAAAAAAGAGAUCCUAAAUAAUAAAUAAUAUUAAAACAAUGAGAGAUUAGAGAUUAAAACGCCAUUUAGGUUGGAAAACUUUGGAAAUCUUUGGUUUUAAGCAAGUCUACACUCUCAAAACUAAAGCAUCCAAUGGAAAACAGUAAACAGUAGUGUCCCGAAGCUUAAAUUGAGUUAUGAUGUUGUUACGGGGUCAAAAUGUGAAGAUUUCUGUAUGGGAUAAUCUCACACGUCUGGCGAUUUAACUUCAAUACCUCCAAACAAGCAAAAAAAUACCUUUUGUCUCAUUAUGCCUAGUUCACACUAUACGGAAAAAAAAAUGCAAUCUCGCUGCCUCGGCUCAGUCGUGUAGAGGGGAUAUAUAAAAGUGUAACAUUCUGAUAUUUAAUAAAUAUGUAAUCUGUUAUCUUGGGCAUAUUUGACUGCGUUUCUGUACUCAGCACUUCAUGUAGUGCUUUUCAAUUACAAAUUAACGAUUAGUUCACAUUGAAAUUUCAAGUCAACAAAUUCUUUGGUCUUUAGAUACUUCCCUCUCAAAAAUAAAGCAGCUUUUAAUGGACCUGAGGAAAUGUUUCAACUCUGCUACCCAAAGGAAUGGCAUUUUCAAGAGUUAUCCACACACCCUAUGGUAACCACUAGUGUCCCAAAGCUAAAAUCGUAUGAACACUUAAAUUAUGCCAAAUUUCAAAUUAUAUCUAGUACACCACUGAGCGCUUGCUCAGUGGUGUAGUGUGAAUUACCCAUUUAAAAUAUAGAACGUUCAGAUAUUUAAUAAAUAUCGUCGUUGUCCAAAGAAAAACACUUAUCUCCAAAACAGCAACUUUACAGGAGAGAGAAAAAAAACCUUGCAAACAUUCAAUGGAAGUCAAUGUAAAAAGAGUUUAUUUCAGGUCAUUUUGAAGAGUUUCUAUUGCUUCGUUCAUUAAGAAAUUUUGGCACAGUGUGAGGGACAGUUUGUCUGUUCAAAUUAUGUAGUAAACUAAAAAUCGACAAAAAUGGAGAUAAGUGUUUUUCAUUGGACAGCGACGAUAUGUAAUCUGUUGUUGUGGGCAUUUUUUUUCACUGCAUUUCUAAACUCAUCACUUUGUGUAGUGUGUUUCAAUUACAAAUUAACGAAUAGUUCACGGUGAAAUUUCAAGUUAAAUUUGUUGAUUAUAUCAACUAAUCGUUGCAGCUUUUUUAACACAAGGGUCAUAAUUUUCUUAUUAGUCCUGUUAUUAGUAGAAGCUUCGAUACAUUAUUUGGUAACAGUUUAGCACGUUGUGUGGAGUCCACAGGGUUGUGUUUUAGGGUCUAUAGAGUAAUGCAUGAAUUAUGAAGGUGGUGAACUGUGAAGUGUAGGUCUGUGGAUAUGAUAUAAGGAUUGAUUAAGCGGCAUUUUCAAGGCUUUGUUUGUAUAAUUUCUGAUUUCUGUUACUUGCAUGUCACUUAAAUUAGUGACAAUUACCGUAUUCGAACUAUAAUGUGCACUUAAAAUCCUUUAAUUGUCCCAAAAAUCGACAGGGCACCUGAUGGUUGAAUUCUACUUGUCGGGUAUUAAGGAGCAGUUAAGCCACUCUUAUACAGGGGUUUCAGUGAAGUUUCUCCAGCACUGGAGCUGGAGUAGCAUUUGCAUUAGCUGCUAACCAAUAUAUCCCCAUCCAGUGGUGAGUAUUAUGGAACUGUAGCCUGCUGCUGACCCCGGCAAGCACUGCUGGAGCAGCAUUAGCAUUACCUGCUAAACGCGGUAAUUGCUAGUUAGCUCUUUCAUCCUUCAAAGGGGAGUAUAUCGGACUGUAGUCUGCCCGUUUACAGUGUUAAAACAAGCUUCUCAGUUGGUUUCUCAGUGUAUAGCUGCCGCUAGCGAUUAGCCGAAAAUGCUAAUGCUCCAGCCUUAGUGCUGGAGAAAUUAUGUGUCUAUGCUUACUUUAAAUAAACGGAAGCAUUUUACUUACCAAAUAAACUUUUUUCAGGAGAGAAAUCUGUGCAGAUUAGCAUCCAGCGCUCGUUUAACUUUAAAAGAAAGUCUUUUUUUUAUUACAGUUUUGUUUACUUAGCUUAGCUUUACUUAACUUAGCUAGCUACCCCCCUCAACAACCCCCAGCAGCGAGACCUGCUGAAUUAAAAGUCACUUAUAGUGUCUCUUAAAAUACGCCAAAAAAUACAGUACUGAGACUUUACAAUAGAGCUGCCUUCAUGCCCAACAGGGAAACAACGGGUCUUCUUCAGUCAUCCUCAGAACGCACGCUACACAUACUUGGCAGCGUUUUACUUGUAGUGUAAGAUGGGUGGGGACGGAGUAGAGUUGGAACAGAAAUGUCUGAAAUGUAUCUGUUGUGUAUCUGUGACUCACCCAGGCAGCCUCCACAUGGCUGUGCAAAAAACCUGUGGCUUAAACCUGCUGUUUUUCUGGUUAUUAUUUUUUUGAGCUUCAAGCGUACAGUAUGUUUGUGUUGUGGCCAGACUUGUGCCAUCAUGUCUGCAGACAUGUUCGUCAGAAGCAUGCGUGUAUAUAAAACUUUGUAUUUUUUUUAUACAUGUCUGUAGACAGAUCCGUCGUUUGUUUUGUAGUUAAAGCUGUAAAUAUAUUUUUGUAAUGCCUAA